CGUGUCGAGUAAUACAGGUACAAAACUAGACUAAAGCAAUCGAAUGACACCAUUCCCGUAAACAAAAUGACCAAUAUGUAAAAGAAAACAGGCCUUGUUUGAGUUUUUUUCACAUUAGUCGGAUUUUGUGUAAAAAAAAUCCUUUUUGCGUCGCCCUAAAGGAUUCGUUCACUUGAGUGCGUCAAGUGUCACGUUAUGAUCGAUCGAUAUUGAUGAUAAUGGUGGAAAACACUCCCUCUCCUCUGCCUGAGAGGGCCAUCUGUGGCUUUGUUUUAUUCCUCGGCUCGCAGUUUGGCUUCUUUUUAUAUUGUGUGUGGGCAUACAUACCAGAGGAGUGGCUUCAUUCAGUCGGACUCACUUACUGGCCUCAAAAAUAUUGGGCCCUUGCUGCGCCAAUCUAUCUGCUGGUGGCAAUAACCGUCUCAGUGGUAUUGCUAUUUGGAAUUAAUAUGUACAAUACAGCUCCACUCGACUCUGUGGACAACAUUACAGAUGGGUUUGCGCAAAGCCAGAUGAGUGAAGUCGCCAAGAAGGGUCAAAUUCCAAGACUAAAGGAUGUUCCCAUCAGUGACGUCAACAAAAUGUUCCACUUGUCAACAAAGUUGUAACUAACCAUCUGUUUUGGGGGUUGUUUUGUGUUUGUGACUCUAACUGAAUACUGAUCAUUGGGGCAUUGUUUGGUUCUGUGUCAGUGAACCCAACAUGGAUGUGUUUGGAAUGUGGGAGGAGAAAAUCCCAACAAGCACAAUGGAACUUGAGAAAUGACAUUUAAAUAAAAACUUCACCUGAUUAAGUUGAGGAAUGGAUACAAAUUACAAUAAAAAUUUGUACUCACGA